ACUAAGGGAGUCUACAAUGUAUCUGCUGUUCUAAAGCAGAGACUGUACAGUCUCUUAAUUCAUCUUCGAGGUAAAUUUAAUUUAGCCUUCUCUCAUUUAGGAGGGCACAUUUAGUCAUGUGCUUUCCUUCUGAGGAGAGCACAUGACACACUUGUAAUUUUAGCCUUUUGAAUUCAUGCAUGUUUCUCAGUCAGCUGCUGCAGGUUGGAGCAGAAUGCAUCUUGUUCAUUGGGCCUUCACAGCUCUCCUGGGAAUGGGGUCAUUAGCUUUUUGUUAUGCUGGACCUAUUCAUGCACAGUGUAAAGUGGACUGGUACUUUGGGAUAUCAUGUCGAGUGGUUUAUGAAUCACUUGUUUCACAAAUUAAGAAAUGGACAACAUCUAGCUGCGUGGCAGGGGGACAGAGGUGCCUGUACAAGCUUCAAUCAGCCUCUAUCCACUUUAUAACUGCCAAGCAUACCAAUCCUGAUAAGAGGUAUGUGGAGGACAUCAACUUCAGAUUGGUUUCUUAUCAGUUCUUUGCGUCUUGUCAUGUUACAGCGAUGUCCAUCUCUGAGACCUGGUAUGUUAUUAAAGACCAUGGCACCAACUACUGCAACCUUUAUAAUCUUAUAGAAGGAAGUCAUCUUACUCAAUCCAGAGGGUACAAGGAGGUCACCAGUGAGUUCCUGUGUACUCAGCGCUCCACUGCAAACUGCACAGUCUAUUGACUGAACAUCUACAAUUACCAAAAGACAACAACAAUCACAAUCACAAAGAAACCUGAAUUGUUGUUUAGACAUCCGGAUAUGUUUAUGGUUGUAAAAAAUAUUAGGAAUUAGAAAUUGUGAAUGCUGUGAAGAAUUGAGAAAUUUAUUUAGAUUUAAAUAAGCAAAAAAACUCCAAACAUUUUAGUAUGGACAGAAGUGUGACUCUGGAGAGAUCACUGGUUUCUGGCAUUCUUAGUCAAACAUUUGAAUCUUUAAGAUUAUUUAAAUGUUGGUGCUCUUAACCUUGGUUUGUUACUGUGAUCUUUUUCCAAAGCUCAUACUGCGGCACUUGAUCAUAGACGUGGCUCAGUAACAGUUUGUGAGGCCAAUGCAUAUGUGUCACACCAUACCAAUGUUGAUAACUCACAUGGCUGAGGAAACAAUCUGUGUGCAGGCAGGUGGAUAAGAUGGGAAUAGCAAAGGAUCAAAUGUUAAGGGAAGGGUGGGAGCUGACAAAUUUGAAACAGCCCUGUGGGGAGAUUAAACAGGCAUUAUAUGUACUUUGCAGUACAUCUAUAAAAAUAUUCUGAAAGAUGAACAAAAUCAUACCAGUAAUUUUUUUGGUCUGUGAACCUCAACAACUGCAUCAACAUCAAGAAAGUUGACAUUUUUUGACAAUUUACUCUUCAUAUUCAAGCCUUGUUGCAAGGGAUCAAUUUAAAUUUGAUUUAGUUUCAUUUAGUAAUUAAAUAAAAAUAUAAUAAAACCA